GGCAGCCCGAGUUCCGUCGACGGGGGCCCCGGGGUGUCCCGGAUGAGGCUCGGCUUCCGUGCGGGGCGGAGGCGGCGCAGCUCAGUGCAUCGGAGCGGGAGAUGGAGCGAGGGCGCUGUGCCGACUAGCCGAGGCUCACGGCAUCGCAGACAGCCGCAGCCACCCAGAUAACAAGUGAGGGGCGAGUCGCUGAAGACAAAAAGCGAGAGAGAGAAAGGAGGAAAAACAGAGUGCAACUUUCACCUCCGGCCCGCACACACACUAACACGGCAUUGAUGGUGAUGCAUGCAAGGAAACAGCCGAGACUGAGCGAUGGGUGCAGCGAGCGAAGGGACUCCCAGCCGUACCAGAGCAUUAAAUACCCAUCGAAGAGUCAUUUGGGCAGUGAUCACCGGCAUGAGAAGAUGCGAGAUGCCUCAGACCCAGCCCCACCCUACAAGAUGCUCCGGCGCUCCGAUAGUCCUGAAAACAGGCAGGGUGACCCCUUGGGCCACAGCAAAGCGAAGGCGACCCACCAACAUCGGCUUAGAGAGAGAGAUGGAGGGACCAGUUAUUCGCCGCAAGAAAAUUCACACAACCACAGCACUCUUCAAAGCUCAAAUUCACAUUCUAAUCCAAGCAAGACAUCAGAAGCACCCUACGAGCCAGCAGAUGAUUGGUCAGAACACAUUAGCUCUUCUGGGAAGAAAUACUAUUACAACUGCAGGACAGAGGUUUCGCAGUGGGAAAAGCCCAAGGAAUGGCUGGAAAGAGAGCAGAGGCAGAAGGACACCAGCAAGCUGGCCAUGGUCAACAGCUUCCCCAAAGACAGGGACUAUCGGCGGGAGGCCAUGCAAGCUGCAGCGGGCGGUGGCUUUGGCGGCACAAAGUGCACUCCAUCAGAUAAGCCUGCGUCACAUUCCUGCGCGGCCCAGUCAUUGCCAGCAGCAGCGACCUGCUCCGGCUCGGGCCUGAUCCCCGCGAGCUCGGCAAGCGUCGGGUCGGCCUCCACGCUGCCCGUAUCCCCAGUCCCUCAGUCGCCUGCACCCCCCCUGCUCCAGGACCCUGGACUUCUGCGGCAGCUCCUUCCUGCCUUACAGGCCACCCUGCAGCUCAACAGCGCCACCGUGGACGUGGCCAAGAUUAACGAAGCCCUCACAGCUGCUGUCACGCAAGCUUCAUUGCAGUCUAUGCUUCAUAAGAUUCUCACGGCUGGACCGUCCGCUUUCAACAUCACUACUAUGCUUUCCCAAGCUGCUCAGCUGUCCGCUCAAGCCCAGCAGUCCAGUCAGUCCCCCAUGUCCCUAACUUCGGACGCCUCGUCACCAAGGUCGUACGUGUCGCCCAGGAUAAGCACCCCACAGACGAACACUGCGCCUCCACUCAAGUCCCUUUCCAGCACGCCGCCAGUGUCGUCACAGCCAAAGGUCAGCACACCGGCACCGAAACCUGGACCCUCACCACAGGCGGCGGCACCUCAGCAGUCGCUCCCAGCUGACAAGCCGCUUGAGCGGGACUCUCCACGCAGCCUCCAGAGGCAAAGCAGUCAGAGGAGCCCCUCCCCUGGUCCGAACCACAUCGCUGCCGCUUGCAGCAGCAGCAGCACCGUAGCCCCGAGCGGUGCCACGACCCCCAGCGGCAUGCCGACGAGGCCCCCAUGCACCUUAACCCCCACGCUAGCAUCCCAUUUUAACGAGAACCUCAUCAGGCACGUGCAGGGCUGGCCAGCAGAACACGUCGAGAAGCAGGCCUCACGGUUACGCGAAGAAGCCCACAACCUGGGAAGCAUUUACAUGUCUGAAAUUUGCACAGAGCUGAAAAACUUAAGAUCUUUAGUGCGGGUGUGUGAGAUCCAAGCGACGCUGCGUGAGCAGAGGAUACUAUUUUUGAGACAACAGAUUAAGGAACUUGACAAGUUGAAGAAUCAGAACUCCUUCAUGGUGUGAACUGGAGGAAAACGCAGCUUCACACAGCUGGAACUGAAGAACUGACUGUCUGUGGCCAGUCUUAAUGCUUUGGGCGGCUGUUUGGGUGGGCUUCGGACCAUUGAGCAAAGCUAGGGGGAGGCGAGGAGGCAUCCAAGGGCCAAACCAGGUUUGGAUUCUAAAAGGCCUUAAUGUAGAAUUCCUGUAGAUCUGUCCAUGUUGUAAAUACAUUUCGUAGAGUGAGGCAUCAGAAGAAAGAGCCACAUGGGGUUUUAACAUCGAGACUAACAGACACCAAGGUGGCUGAGCUUUGGCCUUCUCUUAUUAACCUGUCUGCAAACUCUAGCUCCUCUCCAUGAAUCACGGAGUCAGUGGCUAGGGUUUGUGCGCCACGCAGGAGAGACGUGCGUCCCGGUCUGUGCCCUUCGGUUGAUUUGAUCCCAGUCUAAAAGAAUCAGAAGCCAGACUUGGAAUUCUUAAGUGCUCUUGACCCCCAAACCAAGCUUUGGGAAGAUGCAGGAAUGACAACCUGCUGGAACAGAAGACAACCCACCCACAGCCCCAUCCCUGGAAUGGUUCUUGUCCAGCUGCGAUGAUUCACAGAUGGGAUUCCGGCGAGCGGUGAUGUCACACUUUGGUCGAGAGGUCACCUGAUGGCCGAGCACUGGGAGCCGCCGCAGCGUGUAACAGUGCUCCAAAUGACAAGCAAGGUGCCCCCGCCCUCACUGUCUCCCUCCUUCUGCCCGUGUAAUGUCAGCACCUCAAGAGGACGGUGUCCAUUUACCAUCUAACAUCCCUAUUUAGUUUCCAGAUUCCUUACUUUUUGUUACACAACUGUACUUUCAAAGCAAAACGUGCAAAGUUUUAGGUUUUCAAUGCACCUUGAACCAAGAUUUCAUUCCUAUGUACAGUUGAUCAAGUGAUACAAGAGGUAAGUUUUAUGAAUAGUUGCAGUGAUUACUAGUAUAUCUGAUGUAUUCAUAAAUUAUUGCUACACAUUUUUCUUUGCACCCUGUAAUGAUGGGUCGUGUGUGCUGCUGGGCACACUGGCUGAAAAGGGGCGACUCGAGCACGGAACCCCACGUGGCAGGGUUGGAGCGGCGAGGUCACAAGGUCAAAUGUGAAAUGUAUGUAUUGUAAUAAACAUACUAAAAUUGACUCAAAA